AUGUCCUCCUCCAGCUCCAAACAGCAAGACGCACUACAAACCCAACCAGACCAGCAUAUUCCAGACGGCGACCCCCUAUUCUUCUUCAUGCCUAACGAAGAAUGGGGCGAGUUUUGCCAGUGGUACAAAUCCACUUUCACCGUCCCCGUAGCCGAGAUAGCCGCCCUCGUGGGCCACGCUGUCGACGGCCCGGACCCCGACGUGAGCAUCACCUUCAACUGCGCCGAGCAGUUCAUGAUGUACUGCAAGGCGGCGCGCUUCCACGACGCGGAGCGGCAGGCCCGCGUCCUCGCGACGAGCUCGCCCAAGGAGCAAAAGGCGCUCGGCAGGGCGACGGUGGGCUUCACCCACGAGAGCUGGGACCAGGUCAAGAGCGCCGUCGUCGUCGCCGGCAGUAUCGCCAAGUUCGGGCAGAAUCCGCACCUGGGCAGGAAGCUCCUGUCUACGGGGGGCAGGAUGCUGUGCGAGGCCGCCUCGAGGGACCGGGUCUGGGGGAUCGGGUACACGGCGAAGCAAGCCAUGUCUCACCGGCGGCACUGGGGGGAAAACCUCCUGGGCAAGGCGCUGAUGGCGGCGAGAGACCAUCUCAGGGCCGAAGAGGAGAGCAAGUCUUGA